AUGUGUGUGUUUGUGUGUUAAUGAAAGGCAUUGAGAGGGGAUCACGCGGGAGUUCAAGGUGUUUGAGAGCAGAGAGAAGGAUGAUGACUUGACCUUUGGAAAGCACCUCACCUUUAAAAACCUGGAGAACAUGGAAGCCAAAAAGGUCCUCCAUUUUGUGCCAUCUGUCAAUGACGGCCUGAAGUCUGGAACCCAGAGACGUCACCAGAGGCUGGGUUUCAUCCCUGGUGAUGCUCUGCCAGCCCUCUGCUGCCACUGUCUUCACUUCCUGCUGCUUCUUGGGGCAUUUUCCCUUCAGUUUGGUCCUCAGCAAGUGAAAUGCAGCUCCAUUGGACUCAGGUCAGAGGCUUCAUCCGACCGCGGAUCCAAGAAUGGAUAUGUUUUCCAAGAGAUGGAGCUGCAGGAUGGGGACCAGGAGGAUUGUGGGCAAGAUUCACCCACCGCUCACGGAGACAAACAGUUCCAGACUGGUGUUUCAGAUCCUGAAUGUCCUGGGUUUGGGCUUUUGAACACAACAAGAAAAUAUGUGAAGCCAAUGAACUUCCAGGAGGAAGUGCGCGCCCACAGAGACCUGGACAGCUUCCUGGCCCAGGCGAACAUCCUUUUAGAUGAGCGAGCUGCCACUCUGGACGAAGUCCUGAGGCGAAUGCUGACUCAGGUGGAGGACAGCGACGGGAGCUGCGAUGCGGACGAGGUCAUGAACUCGUUGUUCACGGACGCAGGAGGAAAGGAGUUUACCGUUCACCUCCUGUCAGAGACCAUUCAGGGCGUGACCGCGACUUCCACUGGCGUUCAUUACCAGCAGUCCUGGCUGUGUAUUCUCUCCAAUGUGAGGAGCCUGCAGAGACGUCAUGUCUGCAUCGCCCGCCUGGAGAGGCCACAGAACUGGGGAGUCAACUGCUGUGAGGCCCGAUACGUCAUCCUCAUCCUGGUCCCUCCUCGAAUGAAAAGCACCAAGACGGCCGUUGAGCUGGGAAGAACUUUUGCCACCAUGUUCUCGGACAUUUCCUUCAGACAGAAGCUUCUGGAGGCCAAAACCCAGGAGGAGUUCAAGCAUGAGCUGGUCAGCCAGCGCCAGCAGCUCUCCGUGGUCACUGAGAAGUUGGCCGUGGAGGAAGUGGAGGACUCGGAUCCACGCAGAGGGAAAUCACUGGAGUGCAAAGAUUUCUUUAAGGCCGGUAAAGGUGUUUACGACGACCUCCGUCGGAGACUCCCCCUCUACCCCUCAGACUUCACAGACGGUAUAACUGGGAAGGACCGCUGUCUGCUGAAGUACACGACCACGGCCAUCUUCCUCUACAUCGCUAUUCUACUGCCUGCGAUCGCGUUCGGCUCACUGAAUGACGAAAGCACGAGAGGACAGAUCGAUGUUCAGAAGACCAUUGUUGGCCAGAGCAUCGGAGGAGUGAUCUAUUCUUUGUUCGCUGGCUCGCCACUCGUCAUUCCACUGACCACUGCGCCACUGGCCAUCUUCAUAAGCGUCAUCAGGGGAAUCUGCGACGACUACAAUCUGGAAUUCAACGCAUUCUACGCCUGCAUCGGCUUAUGGAACAGUCUGUUCCUCAUCCUCGGAAGCUUGUUCAACGUCAGCCUGUUUAUGAAACUCUUCAAACGCUCGACAGAAGAAGUCAUUGCAUUGUUCAUCUCGAUAGCGUUUGUCGGGGAUGCGGUGAAAGGCACCGUCAAAAUUUUCCAUCACUUCUACCACGGGCCCACUCUGGCCACGAACGCCACGUUGGUGCUUCAGCAGCUUAAUGAGCUCGUCGAGCAGGUGAAGAACCAGACGAUGCUGGAGCAUCAUAAUGAGACGCAGACGAUCUCCCUGCCCGAGUCUCUGGUGGUCACAACAAGAGAAAGGCCUGUCCUCUGUCUGCUGCUCAUGUUGGGGACUUUGUGGCUGGGUUACGCCCUCUACUUCUUCAAGAGGGGCCCGUACCUGAAUGGCAAAAUCAGAGAGGUGGUGUCUGACUGUGCUUUGCCGAUUUCUGUGGUGGUAUGCUCCUUCAUUGGCUCCUACCUUUUCCUUGACAUAGAGCUUCCUAUGUUCAAUUUCCACGGUGGCCCCAUCUUCAAGUUCCCUCAGUUUGAUAAGCUGUCAGGAAUGAACCUGCUGAGCGCGGCGGGUCUGGGUUUCCUCCUUGCUUUGCUCAUCUUCAUCGAUCAGAACAUCGUUAUCUCACUCACACACGUACCAGAACACAAGUUGUUAAAAGGCACAGCGUUCCACUGGGACUUAUUGCUGACUGGGUUCAUCAACAUCCUCAUGUCCUGUCUGGGGUUGCCAUGGAUGCACGCUGCCUUCCCACAUUCCUCCCUUCACGCCCGUCAGCUCGCCAAAGUGGAACAGCACGUAGAGAACGGACACCUCUACACGACCAUCGUCAGUGUGAAGGAGACGCGUCUGACCUCGCUCGUAGCCAACAUCCUGAUCGGCCUGUCGGUGUUCAUGCUGCCGAUUCCUCUGCAGUGGAUCCCAAAGCCCGUCCUCUACGGCCUCUUCCUCUACAUCGCAGCCACUUCGCUUGAUGGGAACCAGAUGGUGGACCGCAUGGCCCUGCUGCUGAAGGAACAGACCUCCUACCCUCCUACUCACUACAUUCGCCGUGUGCCUCAGAGGAAGGUCCACUUCUUCACAGUACUGCAGAUGAUCCAGCUAAUCAUCCUGUGUGCGUUUGGGAUGUAUCCUCUGCCCUACAUGAAGAUGGUCUUCCCCCUGAUGAUGAUCCUGCUGGUCCCUGUCAGGAUCAGCCUGCUUCCCAAAAUCAUCGAGGCCAAGUACCUGGAUAUCAUGGACGCCCAGCACAUGUAGAACAACAGCGCACGCCCUGUGAAAGCAUUCACUCUCUCCAGUUGGAGGGAGAGAAACAGACUCGGAACUCAAUGGAUGUGUUGCCAACUAAACAAAAUGCUUUUGGACUUCAAUACGUGGAUGCGAGCACUCUGCUGGUGACUGGACGACCAUUUACACCCCCAGACGAUUUCUCAUGGCUCAUCACACAUUUACCAUCAGUUGCUGAUUUCCUUUAAAUAUGUAACAUUUACUGCAUCUUUAUUUCACUUAAUAUAGGCAUGAAGGAGUUUCUUCUGAUGCGCUUUCACAAACGCAUAAUAUUGUGUCAUAGAGAGCAGCUUCUGCAUUUUAACCCCGGAGAAAAUCAUCAUUUACAGAAGUGGAAAAACGAUUUUCUCAAAUGUUAAAGCAUGCAAAAGGAAGUGUCGUCUCACGUGGAUAGUUUUUAUGACCCAAAAAUUAAGUUGGAUAUCACAAGAUAUGUGUUUCAGUCGUUUAGGUGUGAAACACGUCUGAUUUAAUUCCGAGGAGACAUGAAAAGAGAUGUGUUGUUGUCACGGUAAUUUGUUCUGUGCAUCGUAAUGUUCGGAUUAAAUCAAAACUGUUACACUAAAUAUAUCCCUUUUUAAAAGAACUGACAUAAAAGUUUUCAUUAUACUGAUUCUCCUCCGUAUUCAAAGCUAAAUACUGAACUGAUACAGUCACAGAAGAGCACCUUCUCGAAUAUCACACGCCUACGGGGACUGACCGUGGGAAAUCCUCCAAUAGAUGGCAGUAGACUCAUCUUUAGGAUGGUUUGAGUUCAGGCGUGGCCGAUGGUGAACGUAUAUUUCAGUAUAUUACAGAAGAAAUUAGGCAGAUUCAUAUUGUCCAGUAUAAGAAACUCUGAUGACGUGGAUAGGCCCCAAAGUUCACGUCUUUCAGAGCUUUUCUCACAUUAUUUAGUUUCAUCUGCUUUAAGAAACAAACAAACCACCUGAUGCUCGAAUUUUUAAAUGAAAUCCACUGCCUUUGAUGUGCUCACAAUUGUUUUCCCACCGUGACUCAAAGACCAUGUCAUCACGAAUGCUCUUCAGAAGGGUACUAACUGUUUGUAAUGAGUGCUUCGAAUACAUUUUCAGGGAAUAACAAAAGAGGCUCAUUUUCACAUUGUGCUACAAUGAAGCAGGGAACGCGUUUAUCAUCUGUGGGUACACGCGGCCGCAACUACAAUCAUGAAUGCAGCAAAAGAAAACCGUUGGUUGCUAUUCACAUUUAGUCAUUUGGAAUUAAAUUGCACAAGAAAAAAGCCUGUCUUUGUUGAAUAAGCCGGCACCGGCAUGUGAAUGACGUCUGACAGACAAUAUGCUUCUUUUUUAUUAAUUUGUAGAAAAGAAUGUGAUAAAAUACAAUUGCAGCUUUUUAGGACCCCAUCCUAGGUGUGAUUACUCUUCUUGCUGUUUCCUCCCAUUGUCCGUUUGAGAGCUAUGUAGGAGUGUGAUUUAACACUGAGAUGUCUAAAUAAAAACACAAUCAACCUCA